AUGUCCUCAAAAGGUACUGCUGCAGGUAAAGAAAAGGUUCAAAUUAAGAAAGAUCAGGAAGUAAUUACUACUGCUGAUCAAGAAGUGCAAGACCAUCCAUCAGACAAAGAAUAUGUUAAAGAUCUUGUUUCACUCAAAUACUCCGAUAAUUUGGAAGCACCCCUUAUUUAUCAAGAUAAUAAUAAUGAUAGACAAUUAGUCAACAACAAAGCUGCUAAUAAUCAGAUCCAAAAACUUUGUAAUGAAAUAUUAUUGAAGAAUGUCGUUGAAUCUUCAUCAAGAAACAUUGAAAAUUUGAAAAAAGAUAUUAUUUCAAGUAUCAAAAGUUACUUCAAUAUUGAAAGUAAUUUCCAGUGGAAGUCGUUAGCUGAUACAGAUUCAGACAUGGAGUUCUGA